CUGGGAGAUGCUUUGGUCUUGCAGGCUGGAGCGGAGCCCUCAGGAUCUUCUGGUUUGGCACAUUUGGCGUUUAUUGUGGACUUGAGCUACCUUAACGUGAUUUCGGAACAAGAUCCAGGAGGAAACCCACAAUAGAGAGAAAUUAUGAUUGUGCUAUGUUAAAGUGAGAGCUGUCCCUGUCUCAGCGUCUUCCUGCUGAGAGUCCUUCUGUUUCUUGAGUUAGGUAGGAGACAGGAUGGUCUAUUGUGAGGAGAAGGAGGGGCCCUGGGGUGUGGGAGCCUGUGCCUGGAGCGUGCUGUACCCAGCGUGUGCAGUGCGCGUGGCAGGGGUGGCGAGUCGGGGGCGCAGUAACUCGGCACAACCCCGCCUGCAGGAAGGCGCCUGUCCCUCCUUGUCACCGCACGAGGGCCCAUCCUGCACCCAGCACCAGGAGGGGAGGAGGGCUGCCGCACGCGGCGGGAGCGCUGACCCUGACCACGUGUCUCUGCAGGGAGGCUGGCACCCGGAGCGUCGGGGCAACGGCCAGGAGGUGAACAGCACACGACUGUAGCUUUUAAUAGCUUUCCUUUGCAUUAAUUUUUCAAAAUUUGGAAGCUUAUUUCAUUUUCCAAAUACUCUGCUAAUAUGCAUAAUUGCCUUUAUAAAUAGUAAAAAGCCAGUUAAAAACAAAUAAAAGUGAACAGUGGUGCAGGGAAAGAGCUGGAAGAAAACCCAGGUUUAGUCCCAGAUGACCCCCUUUUUCUCACACGCAAAUGAACGGCAAUCCCCCUGGCUCUGGUGGAGGGUCAGACCGGAUGUGGUCCCUUAGUGCCCGAGGGUGCUCUGACCGGUUCGGACCCAAACGUGGGGAAGCAUCAGGGGUGUCUAGCCCGCCUGUUACGGUUGAGUUGUGUCCCCCUAAAAAUUCAUAUGCUGAAGCGCGAAGCCCAGCACCUCAGGAUGUGAUCGUGUUUGGAGACAGCAUCUUGACAGAGCUGAUUAAGAUGAAAUGAAGUCAUUAGGGUGGGCCCUCAUCCACUCUGAGUGGUGUCCUUGUGUAAGAGAUCAGGACACAGACAUGCACAGAAGGAAGACACAGGGGGAAGACGACCGCGUUCACACCCAGGAGAGAGGCCUCGACACCUUGAUAUCUGGCUUCCCUUUUCCAGAACUGAGAGAGAUUAGAUUUCUGUGGUUUCAGCCAUACGUUUGUGGUGCUUUGCUUUGGCCACCCUAGGAAAGGCGUCCCCCCGCCCCCGGGGGCCAGUCUGUGGGUGGGGUGGGGUGGGGUUGUAAGCUCGCCGUGAGGACCACCCCCUCCUGUAGUCCCGUCUCUCCCCUUCUUUCCUGGCGAGAAGCCCAGGCCGGGCAUCCAUUCAUCUGAGCUGUGGUAGGAGAUGUGCACACCUCUGGGGCGGGUGUUCCAAGAAGAGAACCGUGCAGGCCGACAUCAUUUAUGGACUUGGGUGCGACAACACGUAGGAGAGUAGUGAGACAUACGGCAGCACUGUGAACAGAGCGUGAGCUCUGCAGGAGCUGGGUUUAUAGCAGAGACGCCUGCCUGCCGGCCAAGAGCCACAGAGACUGGGUGGUGGCUGCCUACCCCAGCCUCUUUUGAGGCCCAUUAAAAUGAUGGUAAAGGCAUUUUAAAAGGACAGUUUUGCCUUUUUACUAAAGGCAAAAGUGCUUAACGGAAAAGACAAGGGGAGGAGAUGGAAAGCAGGGUGACUAACAGCCUGAGAAAGCUGGAGCCUGAGGCAGAGGGGUGGCCCCGUCCUGGCCCGAACCCAGGGAGGCUCCAGACUGGAACCAGGGUCUUGGGGGUGUUUUCAAGCGGAGGGGUCAGACCCUGACCUCGGGGACCUGGGCUGUGGCAGCUGAGUGCCCGUCUGCAGGUGAGGAGGGAGCAUUCCCUCCUGACAGACCGGCUAAGGCAAGAGACCUCUGGGCCCUGGUCUCCCAGGCCCCCAGUGUACCCGCACCGAGCACUGGCUUCUGCUCAGCCCCCAGGCGGCUGUUCAGUGCCUCACUCUUGAAUAUGAGCAGUGGUCUCCAGACGCUUGAGAAAAGCUUCUGAGAGGAAAGACAGUCACUGUGUAAGCAGGAAAAAGGGCGUCGAUACAGAAGAAUGUGUAUGAAAACAAAGACUGAGUCAUGAGGUCCUCUGGGGUAAGAGGAGAAAGAGUUCUUGAUUAAUGAAAUUUUGAUAGCGGAAAUGAAUAAUGCAAUGAGCAUUUUAAAAAAUAAAGUUCAGGAAACCUUCCCCAAAGGCACAGAAGAGGAGAGAUAAGAAAAAUAGAGGUUCUUCCAGGAAGCUCAGUAUCUAAGAGCACUUCCGGGACAGGACGGAGGACAGGGAGGCCAGGACAUUGUCAAGGAAAAAUAAAAGACAUGUCCCAGAACUGAGGGACAUAAGCGUACCCAAUGGACUCCACCCCAUCCAUCCUGCUGAGACCCUGGAUGCUUGAAGGGAGGGUGCCUCGGGAGGAGGAGACAAGCGUCCUGCAUGCAGUGGGGAGUCAGGUGGCUGCAGACCUCUUGGCACCGGCACUGGGAGUUAGAAGGCAGUGGAGGGCCAUCGCCAUCACCUGCCGCCCACACACAGCCAGACUUCCAGCCAGGAGCAAGGGCCCAGGGAAAACUCUUGCAGACAACCAAAGCCUUGUUAAAUGUGCUUCUUUGCGAUUGAUCUCAGGAAGAUGCUGGAGAAUGUGCUCCUCAAAACCAGAGGAAAACUGGGGAAGCGCCGCCUUGAGGAUGGACCCGGCUGACCCUCCUGGCGACCCCGCUGCCGGCGACCCCGCCGCUGGAGACACAGACCCCGCUGGCAACUCCACUGGCAGCGAGCGCCGUUGCACAGGCCAGGACCCACUCCUGUUCCGGCAGGCCCUGCAGACACUGUGGUCCACGCGAGAGCUGCGGCAGCUCCGGGAAGAGGCCUGGCGGGGGUUUGCUGCCCUGGAUGACCCACUGACCGGACUCCUGGACAUGCUGGAAGGCAGCCAGGCCUGGCAGCGGAAGGGCCCCUCCCUGGAGGCCUGGGUAGUCUGUGAGCUGCACCGCUGGCUGCAGGCACGGCCACUCCCUGCGUCGGCCCAGCACAGCUCAAGGCUGCAACAGCUACAGGCCCGUGCAGUCAGGGUCCUCGCCAGGAGCCCCCCUAGUCUCGUGGAGCCACUGGUCAGCAUCUUCCAGCUGCAGGACGCAGACCGGAGGCCCCUGCUGACUCACAUCCACCAGCUCCACCAGGAGGGCAAGUUCAAAGAAGCUGUCGUGCUGGGCUCCAGGCUGAAGUUGCAGCCAGCACUUGAUGUUGAAAAGAUGUGCACCCCACUGCUCCUCCAGGACAGAGUGAGCCUCGUGGAGCGUUAUGUGGCUGGCUUCCCGGACCUCCAGAGGAGGCUGCUGGGCCUCCUGGACUCCUGGUGCCGGCCCGGCUUUGACAUCGGAGUUGUUGCCAGGCAGCACCCACAGGUGACCUCGAGGCUGGAGAGGCUGAGUCCCAGAGUGCUAAGUCGGCGGGUCCUGAGCCAGCUGGAGCGGCUGGGCCUGGACCCGGCUCUGUGUCCCAACGCUGCCACUCAGCAGCGCCUGGCCGCCCUGCGCUACCUGUGCUACAAGCGGUUUGUGGAGAGAAGUAUGUCUCAGGAGAACUGGGUGGACCAUGUGCAGGGCCUGGUGGGCCGGGAAGAGCGGCCCCAAGAGAUGGUAGUGCGGCUGCUGGCCUCCCCCGGCAACGAGGCCGUGGCCGCGCAGUGCGCCCUGGGCCUCUCAGUGCCCGAGGAGCAGCUGCCAGCCACAGUGGCCGCCGAGCUCCGCCGGCUCGAACUCCAGGAGAGGGUGGCCAGGGCGCCUUUGGAGGACAGGAAGGAUGAUUAUUACCAGCUGCCCAUCGCCAGGGAGGACAUCCACUUCCUGGCCUCUUGGGAGGACUUGGCCAGGCAUGAGGAGGCGUUGCUGCAGCCCGGCCAGGUGGUCGGGGUAGACGUGGAGUGGAGACCCUCGUUUGGCACGGGGGGCCGGCCCCAGGCAUCAGUCAUGCAGUUGGCAGUGGAGGGCCGCGUGUUCCUGCUGGACCUGCCUGUGCUCUCGCGGCCAGCGGGAGGGCAGGUGUCGAAGGCCUUCUCCAGGCUGGUGUCCCGGCUGCUCUCGGACCCCUCCAUCACAAAACUGGGUUAUGGGCUGGCGGGGGACCUUCGGAGCCUGGGUGCUUCCUGCCUGGCCCUGGCGCACGUGGAGAAGCAGCUGUGGGGCGGCCUGGACCUGCUGCAGGUGCACAGGCAGAUGCGGGUGGUGAACAUGCCAGCUGGAGGCACGUAUGAGGCCAGGGGGCUGCGGGGCCUCAGCCUCCUGGUGCGGCAGGUCCUGGGCAAGCCCCUCGACAAGACACAGCAGCUCUCUAACUGGGAUCGGCGGCCGCUGAGCGAGGGGCAGCUGGUUUACGCAGCUGCUGACGCCUACUGCCUGCUGGAGGUGCACCAGGCGCUGAGCAGAGAGCCUGCCAGCUUCUCCCUGUCUGAGGACCUGGCCAGGAGCCUGCAGCCAGGGUGCAGUGAGAGACCCGGGGCCCGGGAGCCGCCCCGCCUGCAGGAGGCCUCAGCCCUGCCUUGGCAGGUGCCUGUGGCCGAGCGCGAGGACGCCGCUCCAGAGGUCCCGGCCAGGGCCUUCCGCGUGGUGUGCGACAACAUGCUGCAGGGGCUGGCAAGGAGCCUCCGCUGCUUGGGCGUGGACGUGCGCGUGCUGGGCACCAACGAGGACCACCGAAGGGCAGCUGAGGUUGCCAGGCAGGAGGGAAGGAUCAUCUUGACGUCGGGGCUGCCAUACCACAAGCUCCGGGCCCAGGUUGGGGCUGGGCGCUGCCUCUGGGUGGACUGCUCCCUCAAGGCCCGUCAGCAGGCCAAGGCCGUGCUCAGGCAUUUCAACGUUCGAGUCACCCACGCAGACAUCUUCAGCCGCUGCCAGCUUCAGGUCCAGCCUGUGCCGACCCCGGGUCCCCGGCCCUGCCAGAAAUGACUGCGGUCAUCCCAGUGGCGGGAAGUGCACCGCGGGGCCUUUUCCUUCAGCGAGCUCUGGCAGGACAGGAACCUUGUCUGCGGCCUCUCUUUGUCUGUGCUCAAGCCGACAAGUGUUGUAAAGACCCCAGGACGUCCGGGAUGCCUGGGAGGCAUUUUAAUGAGCUUUUCAGAGCCUCUGCUGCUAAGUUUUCUUGAGAAAACAGGAAGUUGGGUAGCUGGGAGGAAACCCCCACCCGUGCCCCGGGAAGCCUCAUGCUGGGGAGCAGGCUGACCUCCUUCAGGCCUGCGAGGGCACCGAGGGCAGCCGCACACGGAAGAGUGUCCACGGCCCCACCUGCCCCUCCGCCCUGGGCAGUUGUAGAGCCCCCCUGCCCUGCCAGGUGCGAGGGGGAGGAUGCAGAAUGUGCCCCAGGGAGGUGGGGUGGGUGCAGUAUGGAGCCAGUUCAAAGGCUGGGAGGCAGAGUUGCACCAGCCCUGAUAGGGGACCAGCAAGUGCCCUGGCCGGAGAGGGCAGCUCUCCAGCACCCCAGGACAGAAGACAACCCACCGGGGGGGACACCAUCCGGGGGCACAGAGGUGCUAAGACCUAUUCUGGCUGCAGCAGGUAGCAGGGGGGAGGGAGUCCAGGUGAGAGGUGGCAUCUAUAGCAGGUGAGGAGUGGGCUCAGGUUUCAGGCUUCGCCCCUGGCCAGCAGGGAGGGAAGGUGCUGGGUCUGGGCUCCCUGGGGUCUUGGUCUGGAGGCCCACGCAUCAGGCCCUCUAGGUUGGGGACGGGCACGGGGAAGGGGAAGCCUCGGCUCGGGAGCUCUGCCCAGCACUGUCCUUAUUUGAGGUAUAUACGCAUUCCGCCAAGACUAGCUGGGGAGGAGGACAGACAGGGUCCACGACUUGGUGCCAUGUGACUGCACUGGCCAAGAAGCAGAGGGCAGCCACCCCAGGCUCGAGGGGGGAGCGGGAGGGGGCGUCCCAGGCAGAGACCCCUGUGUGUGGCUGCAGUCAGGCGCUGGCUGACAGGCAGCAGGCAGGAGCACAGGUGUAAGGCUGCAUGUGGACGCCUGAUGGGCCUUUGUCAAGGAAGGGCCCGGAGAGCUUCUGGUUCCAAGGCUGGCCAGUGGCCUCCAGCUGAGCUCAGCUCCAAAAGAAAGUGUGCUGGGUGUGCCGCAGGGCAGGACCCUCCCUGGGUGGCAGAUAACUGUGUGGGAGGGUCCAGGAAUGUGCACAAGGAGCCCUGAAAGGCCAACUUUAUGGAGCCAAGUGGGCAGAGAAAGGGGUUUCUGAGAAGCCAGGAUUUCUAAAUUUGGAACUGGCCGUGGUCACCACAGAGACAUCUGGGGAAGCGGUGGGAGAACUAAGCUUACUCUGUGUCAGGGAGCUGGUAGUAGUAAUGCUUGGGCCUGAGGCCGGGGUCCCCACGCAUGUUCUCAGACCAAAUACCCGGUCAUUGUGAGCACAGGUCUGGGCAGGCCUCCGGCCACAUUCCCACCCAGAGCUCCUGGAGCCCCUCCGCCACGGCAUUCCCAGCUGAACCCCAGGAGCUCAGCCUGAGAAACAGCCAGGAACGCCCAACCACCCCAUCCUGCACACUGGCCACCCCAACUCCCCACCCGGUGCCCCGCUGUUCUCAGGGCCAGGCAAGGUAGGUGGGUGGCAAGCACCGAGAAGCCCCGAAGAGGUGCCCCACAGACGUUCCCAGGCGAAGGCCCAAAGCUCAGCGAAGCCACUAGGCUGGCUCCACGUGGCCCCAUGGGCUAGACUGGCUUUCGAGCCGGUCUGGACAUGAGAAAGUGCCGGCCGCUGACCAGCAGGGAGCGUCACACUCAGGACUGACCCAGGGAGGGCCUCUGUCCUCAGGGCCCCGCCCUGUGCUCCAGUGGGGCCUGCGCACCCUGGACGCUGGCUCGGAGCCCCUGCCGCCCGGCCCAGGCUGGAGCUGGCCGUCUCCCUGGAGACCUCCCACUGCCAGGCUGACUUUCCAUUUUCUUUUCCUUCCUUAUGCUAUUUUAGUGCCAUUCCCGGAGGGAAAACCCACUUGACACACAGGCAUUCCCAGAGUGAGCCUGGCCACUCUCUGGGCUGGUGCAUCAGGGUCCAAGGCGGGAAGCAAGUCAGAAUGGGAGAGGGCUGGUCCAGGCCUGGGCUAGGUGCCCGGCCAGGGGUCCAUGGCCGUGCCCCACUCUAGUGCCCAGCACCUGCCUGCAAGCUGUGUUGACACUCGGCAUGUGCCUUGGGCACAGGGUCCACUUUCUGGGGCAUCUGCACAUGAGGACAGGGAGCCACAUGGUGGAGGCCAGAGGUGGGCAGGGAGGCUCGGGUGAGGGGGUGGUGGGUCUCCUGUGGCGGGCAGGGUCAUGGACCCCUGAAAAUGGCCACCUGGGCCUGGGAUCGUCCGUCAGGAACAUCCGCCAAAUGGAUGUUCCCAGUGCCGUCUGCUAUGGGAAAAUAUUUUAUCAAAGAGAUUGGAGUUAAAAAAAAAAAAAAAGCGUAAGCAGGAACCCCUGACAUGGCCCAAGUGUAAUGUCUAUUUUUACUGUCCCUCUGGUCCCCCUCCGCUAUGGUGGGGAGCAGGCUGUGGUCCCCGUGUGCAAGUAGGGCGUGUCCUAGGAGUCAGUGACGUUGGCCUCCGGAAGAGGGCACCCGGGAGGAGAGGCCACUGCAGGACGGUGACCCUGCCUUGGGGAGCUCUCAGGCAGUGCUGGCCACAGGGUCCCCAGGAGACGGAGGGUGUUGGGCCAGAGAGGAGCCUGCAGCUAGAAGAGGUCGGGCCUCAGGCUACAGGCUCACAGACACUCAGGACACAGCAGGGCUGGGUGGGGGGCCCCCGGGGUGGAGGUGGACACCGGCCCAGACUGAUGUCUGGCAGGGGACGGAUGCAAGCAGAGGGCUCCCCUGGCCUGGGGAUGUGAGGGGGACUGCAGGCAGCCACCUCCCAGCACCCAUGCCCAGAACCUGGGGCAGCGGGGACACCUGUGCCCAGCCCAUUCCUGCAGACCCUCCCUCUUUCCUGACGACAAGACUAGGGACCGACAGGAAGAGGGGCAGUGGCCGCUGACCCCGCCCCUCCCCAGCCUUUGUGUCCCGUGGCCCCCAGCCCCGUUCCCACACUCCGUGCCCCCAGGGUCACACAGGCACAAAGGCUGCAGGAGGGGUGGCCACCACCCUGCACAGGGAGAGACCCUGGCCCGCCGGCUCCUAGGCGGCAGGGGGAGCAGCGGGGGGCUCUGGGGGAGGAUGGGUUGGGGGCAGCUGGCGUCGGGUUUCCGUGCCGACAUGGGGCUUAAGGACAGUGGGGUCCACCAGGCAGGUUUUGGCAGGGAUUAAGGCCAGUGCGCCCCCAGCCUUGGGAUGCUAGCCAGGGUGAUGUCCCAGUGCGGUCCCUGGGGGCUGACAACAGGGUGGGCCCAGGCCCCACAGCCUGCAGGGCCACCCCCCUGCCCUGCCUCCCUUCCAGAAAAGUCCUGGUCCUCGGCCAGAGCCCAGCUUCAGUUCCCACCAGAUGGCCCUGGGGACUAAGGGCCCGGGCCCAAUGGCCUGCCCCCCCCCCCCGCCCCCAGUUUCUGGUGGCUCCGAUCUGACCCCAGCCGCUUUAGGAAGGGCCCUGGCACUCCUGGGUCGCACCCCUGGCCCUGGCCCAUCCAGCAGUCAGUACCGCCUGCUUCGUCUCCACGAGACCCUCAUCCUCCACGGCUACACAAGUGGCACCUGUGCCACCCCGCGAAGUGGCCUGGACUGAGAGGAGGCCCUAGGGCCAGUCCUGUGCUCAUGGCCUUGAGACCUGCCAGGGCUCCUCUGGGCCAGUGUCCGGGAGGGUUGACAUGUGAGUCCCCCCAGCCCAGCUCACGCCAGGCGCCCAGCCGGGUACCCAGCCCCUCUCUCCUUCGCACAUCAGUCUGUGUGGGCUGUGCUCCAAGACCCGGCCAUCAGCGAUCACGUGCUUCUUAAUGGGCCUUCCCUCCAGCGAUCUGGAGGCCCAUCUGGAUGGGGCUUCUCUGGCUGGACCCCCGGAAUGUUGAUGGAAAAGUGAGCCCACGUCCUGUCCACUUUCAGAAGGGGUGACAGGCUGGCCUGGCUACGCUGUGAGGGGACCACACUAGACACAGGGCCACGGGGCAUAUGUGCUCAUCCAGUGUCCACAGGUGCGUGGACACUCAGCAUGCAGUUGGACUGUUGGUGGCCUGGACAGACGCAUCCAUGGCCCUGAGUCAGGCCAGUGUGCCCUGGGCCUGAGGAGCUGGUGCAGGCCAAAGACAGACCCCUGGGAGUCUGGGGCAAGGACGGUGGGGAGGUUCCCUCAGGCAGGACAGUGCAGGCCUAGCCAUCUGGGCCAGGGCGUCCCUCCGCUGGUCAGCUGGCGGCCACAUGUACCAGAGGAUGGGCCAGGCACAGCUGGCCGCGGGGGCGCCCCCAGUGCUGUCGUCUUGGGCCUGCGGCCAGUUAAGACACCUCGGACAGUGAAACCACACCUGGCGCCCACGACACACUGUCUGGGGGGUACGGUCGUGUCUCUGAGGACCUACGUCCUUCCCCCUCUCCGCUCCACACCUCCACACCCGCUACGCAGCCCCCAGCCACGGAGCUGUCCAGAACCACUGGCCAGACAUGGCCGAGGACCGGGCUCUGAAGAAAUGGAGGGAGGGCAGAGCCCCUGGUGACCAGCCGGGCCUCCGGGCUGGAGAGCAGAACAGCCCCACACCGGCCGAGGGAGCCUGGGGCUCAGGGACUGAGGCACACCGAGGCCGCGCACAGCCAGCUUCGGGGUUACCGGCAGGCUGAGACAGACACCCUGCCCCUGGUGUCGGCACCCCGCAGCCUGCGGCUAAAUCGUGUGAAAUUCACAUCUCAGCGUCCGCAAAUAGUUGUCUUGGCAGCAGCCCUGCCUGUGUGUCCUUACACUGCCCACAGCUGCUUUCUCAGGGACCCAACGGCCCUUGCAGGGGACUGACCCUUGCCUGGGGGCCUGGCUGGCAUCUGACCGGGGAGGUGGGCACUCUUCUUCCUUUUGAACGAUUGCCAGCCCCAAAGCAGAAGUGGGGCCCAAGAGCCAGGGGGCAGUGAGCUGCGUGGUGGGUGGCCAUGGGCCUGGAUGGGGACGGCAGGCCUGAGAGCACGGACCCACUGUCCACUCAACCCUAGAUACAGAAAAAAAGGCCUGGCUGGCCUCAGGGGUGUAAAGCCAGCGGCAGCCAGCCCCCUUGGGGCUGCAGGGAGAGGAGGCCAUGGGCACCCAUGGAUUGGGUCUGGGGAGGGCCCACGGGUGGUAAAACAGGGUCUGCCAGGCAGGGACCAACAGCUGGAUGGCCGGUGCAGCAGGGCGCUGGGGGGGCAGGGGGGGGGGCGGGGAGGGGGGCAGGAACAUCCAUGAGUCACCCGCACUGCCGCCCCCACCCCCUCCGGCCCAGCCUCUCUUCCCUCCCUGGCUGGGGCUGGGGAGUGGCGCAUAUCCCCUCCUCCCUCCCUCCCAGGGGGCCCUGCUCACUGCCCACUGGGAGCGGAGCACAUUCAGGACAAGUGUAGACCCCAGAGGUCACUGAGGGCAGAUGGGGCGUCCGAGGCAGAGCAGCAUGCCUGGAGGGCCCUCUGCUCUGGCAGGAUGGGGGCUGGGUGUGACCCCAUCCAGCCAGGGACAGGGAGGGGCCUUGGAAGAGUAACCCCACAAAGGGAGACAGGCCUGCUCGGCCAAGCCCGAACUCCUCCCUUGAGGUGGGGGAGUAGGUGGUGCAGGGUCCUUCAGGGAAGUGGGGGGAGUCAGGCUCCAGCAAGGACUGCUGCUUCCUUUCCUCAUCUUGGAAAACGCAUUUCAAGGCAUAGGUGUGGUGGAAGGAGCCGCCUCUCUUAGCCUGACUCAGUGGCCCUGGGAAGAGGCAGGGAGGAGAGGGCCAGGGGACCCCUGCCCUGUCUCAGCCCCCACUCAGGCUGGCUCCCCACAGUGCUGGGCCCAUCGUACUGUGGCCCCCUUGGCACCUGAUCUCCCACCCUCCCCACUUGGUCCACCAAGCCCCAGGUUGUCUGUCACUUCCUCCAGGAAGGCCUCCAGACCCCCAGCCCAAUCUCUAGAACAUCACCACUCUUUGGAGGAGUACUUUGGGGGCUCCUCUCUCCCUUGGCUGGGAACACAGUAGGGCAGGCCUGCUGUGAGUGAAAGGCAGGCCCCACAGACAUUCAGACAGCUUCAGACCCCAGGCUUCAGGGCUCCAGUUCCCUUCCAGGCCGCUGCCUGCUGUCUGAGGGCUUGGCUCCACUUGUCUGUUGAAGUGGGGACAACCAGAGCUGAUCCCGGCUGGCACAGCCUCGGGGCCCCUCCAACUUCCUUAGCCUGCACCCCCCCCCGCCCCCGUUGCCUCCCUUGGCCCUAGGUGGGAGGGGUACCCCAGCCCCCCUGGCCCCGGGUCCUGGCGCGGGAAGGCAGGCGCAACCGUUUGCUUUUGAAUCUCGGCCGGGUGUCCUGAGUGGCCCUUUCAAAGGCCGGCCGGGGGCGGGGGCCGUUCCCAGGCGCGCCCCGCCCUCCCCGCCCGCCCCUCCUCCCGCUUUCCCACGCGGCCCGGCCGCCGGCUGGUUCUCACGGCCCGCUGCCCCUCCCCCGUCUGGGAACGGGCCGCGCUGCGCCCGCCGCGCUGGGGUGCCCGGGAGCCCCAGGAUGGGGGGGGGGGUGCGCCUGGCGGGGGGGUUACUGGAGGGGGUGCCGCCUAGGGGUUGCUGAGGUCGCCAAAGGGAGGCAGACAGCACCCCACACACGGGGCCUGAGGCCAGAUUGUAUUGGAUUUAACCUAGGGCAGGUGCUCUCUGGCCCCCCACACCUCGUGGAGCGAUCCAGGGGGCCCUGGCCAACCCUGCCUUGUGCGUGGGGACAACAGCACCCACUCCUCAUUAGGGUCUCCCUGACUGGGAGCAGGUUCUGGGGCCUCGGUUCCUCCUAAUACCCUGCAGAGACUAGGUCACUGGUUUUACAAAGUACAAAUACAGACCCCGCAGAAAAUAGUGAAUACCUUCUCACAUAGAACUGUAAUCCCAUCCCACACUUGAUCUGAAAUUCGCAUUCAGGGCCCAAAUUCUCGCUGGCUGCCUGAGGGGGCCUGUGACUGUGUCCUAUCAGGGUUGAGGAAGCAGGGCAGGACUUGGCUACCAGUCUGGGCCCCCUGGCUCACCUUGGCUUGCCUCCAUGAAGGUCAGCCCUGGCCCACCCAAGUGAGCUGGAACAAGGGGGUCCAUUCCACCCAGCUUCAGAUAGCCUGGGCUGGAGUCGGCCUCACUGCCCCCACGAGGGGGUCUGCACGGGGGUCCCCAGUGGGCCCUGGGCUAUGGCUGGUGCAGCUGGAGGAGGAGCUUUUCAGAAGCCCGGGCACCCAGGGUGGGGAGUGGAUGCCAAGUAGGAGGCCCACCCGCCCGUCCUAUGUGUGGCCACUGCCCAGGGCUCCGGCCUGCAAGCCCCAGAGGGGCCUGGGGGAAGGGCUGUGACCCUCCCGAGUCUCCCUGGCCAGGGUACACCUAGGCGGGGCAGGGCUUCCUGCUCGGGCAGGCUCUGGCUGUCACGCAUGCUGUGCCCCUCUGCCCAUUCCACCCACCACCCUUUUCCCCCCUCCCUCGUCGUCAGAGAGACCAGCCAUGUGCUGCUGCAGGUUCGGGGUAUCCGCCCCCAGCCGUGGCUACUGGGGCCCUCACUGUGAGUCGUCAGCCCGCCCUCACCCACUGCAGGCAUGAGGGCAGCUCUGGAGCUGGGGGGUCCACUCCCAGGGAGUCCAGCAGGCCCUCCCGCCCCUGUAGCAGGAGGUGGGCCCGGCAGGAGGCUGGCGGGGAGGGUGUCUGGCUCCAGGCGCCAGCCGCACGUCUGCCUCUGAGCCCAAAGCCCCAGUCGCUGGGUGCUGGCCUCAGAAGGCUACACAAGAUGGCAUCAGCCUGAGCCUGUGCCCCACGAGCCGGUCACCAGCCGGGAAAGUCCCAGAUGCCAUUGUCCCCUCCACACCUGCCGGGGGAGGUGGAUGUUCAGGUCUCCUGCCACUGAAAAUAGAGGCCCCCGGGAGCACCCCUCCUGCACUCCCUGGCGAGGUGCACACAAGCCCCUGUCUACAGACUGCUCAUACACAGACACACUUCCAGGGUCAGGGGACAUGUGAAGUGACUCGCCCUGACACGCCCCGUCACACAGGUCCCUCAUCCACACCUUGGAACACCCAGCCACACUCACUCCUGCUCAUGCCUCUGUGCUGCUCACGUGCACACACACCCUCAGUGCUCUUGCGCCCUUCAUGCCGGAAUGCUUAUGAGAGAGACACCUGCAGGGCGCCAGCUUCACACACGUGCCCAGUCAUAGCCCCUCGGGGACUCCACCCCACACGCCCCAGUGCCAGUGGCUCCUGACCCCCUAGGGAACCCACACAAUGCUAACUGUGCCCAGGCCCUGCUGUGUCUGUGGAGACACUCUCCUGAGCCUACAAAGGGAUGGGCCCGUGGGAACUGGCCUUCCUGGGCCUGGGGACAGGGCUGGCGCUGGAGCACAGCCCCUGUAGGGCUGCUGUCCCGGGUCAUAGACAUCCAGGUUGGAGGCCACCGGCAGGAGGGCCUGCUCCACAGACAGAAGAGCACCAGGGUUGGGUUUGAAAACCUUCCCAUGCAGGCCUGUGCAUCAGCCCCAGCCACGCGCUCCUUGCAGGGCCUGGGUCCUGGCCCUUCUGUCCAGCGUUCGCCCCAGGCCAGCAGGAUGGGGUCACAUCUCACAGAUGCCCUGUGGGCCACCUGCAGGGAGGGGGCUCCGUCCUCCUGGCCCCUUGUCCCGUCUCCUCUGGGCAAUCAGACAACACCCCGUGCCGGGGGCCAACAGGGUCCUCAUGGGCAAAGCUGGCUGAUGUGCUUGUCUUGGAGGAGGGCCCCAGCCCCAACAGUCGUGCUCCCCUCCAGGGCCACAUCACCUUUGGGGGCAGAUGGCUCAGGGCCCCACGAGGUGCUGCCUGGAUGGUGUGGGAGAGUGAGGUGUGGAGCAGACCCAGGCCUCACCGCUUCCUCUGGGGCUUUGUUCCCGCCCCGUCCAGGCAAGGUGUCAGGCCAGUGGCCUUUCAUCCCAGCCCUCUGGCCCUGCACCCGGCGCCAUUUGUUAGGGUGGCCCUGGGGGCGGUCACGGUGGAUGAGCCAGCCUGGGCAGGCCUCAGGACAGCAAGUGUGGACUGUAGGGGGAGGUGGCACUUGGCAGGGACCAAAUGGGCAGAAAAGCACCCUGGGAACAGGGAUGCUGGUGUCCUGAAGUUGAGACCCUCCAGGGCUCCCGCUACCCUGACCGGAGCAUCCGAGACGCUGGCCAUGUGUAGAUGUGCUCAGGAAGGUGCCGGAAACCAUUCUCAGUGCCGCGUUGGCUUUUCCCACCAGGCGGUGGGACGAAGUGCUGUUUCUUCUGCUUUUUUAUGCUUCGCUCUUGUUCCAAUUUGCUCUAAAUGAGCAAGAAAUAGCCCAUUACUCUAGAACAUGCCACAGCUUCUGAGCCCAGCCCCCACCCGCCCUGCCUGUGGGUCAGAAAUCCCCAAACUUGGCCUUCCAGGGCCUGGGCUCCAGAAUGACUCCCCCCUCCCCCACUGGGGGUGGGGGCUGCAGGGGUCUGGCAGGGCCCCCGCUUGGAGCCUGGACUGCACUUACCGUCAGGCAGGAGUGAGGUUUCUACAAGCCUGCCCCUUGCUCAGAAGGAGGGCACCCAAGUGGCCUGGGCCCACUUCCCAGCUGGAGCCUAAAACUCUCAGCGGUGCCUAGUGCCUACCGAGCUGGGGAAGCAGGGUGGUGUGAACUCCCCAGGCAGCCAGCCUGUGGUGCGGAGCUCAGGUCAUGGACCUGGCUGCUGGCUGGGCAGGAGGCCCCACUCACAUCCUUCUUAGGGCGGGGGUCCCUUCUCUGGGCUCCCAGCCUAGGCAGGCCCUGCACCCUUAGGAACACGUGUUCUCUCUCAUACCCCAUGCCCGGGUGAGUCCCAGGUAUGGCUUCUAUCCCGCCCUCCCCUCCCCCUCACACCCACCCCCCAUUUGCUGAGGCCUGGGGCUCAAGGCUGAUGGGGGCCCAAGGGUGUUUACAAGCAACCAACAGGGCUGUGCUGUCCUGGGCCCAGGGAGGGCUGGUCGCCUCUGGAGAGGAACGUGUACAAGGGCCCAUCCGAGCUGCCUGCUGGCCCUGCCCAGCCCGUUCUGUGGCCCUGGCUGGGGCGUGCCCCUCUGUACUCUACACCUGUGUGCCAGCUGUCCGCUGGUUGUGCACAGCAGACACCUGCAGGCGUGCUGACCAGGGUUGUGUGUGUGUGGGUGGCCCUGCACCCAGGGCAGGUGGGAACACAGACGUUUCCAGGGACGCAGACUUCAGGACAGUUGCUGUGACCUUGCCUGUUGCACAGGUCUUGGUUCUGCUGGCCACGACCACUCCUUGGGUGAGUGUGACUGCGAAUCCUGGGCUCAGACCUGAGAGGAGGCCCUGCCCUUGGGCAUGGCCCCUCAAAGCCCCCCAGCUCCCCCCUGCCAAGUCUUAGCCUCAGUGGAACGGGCAGGUGUCCCAAGUGCCUGCUAUAGCCUCUCGUCACACCCCCAAGAAGCCCAGAAAACAGAGCCUCCUGGAGAAGUGGCCAAAGCAGGCCUCUCCUGCCCUCCCCAGGCCCCAGGGAGGGGCAAGGGGCUGCAGAGGGUGGACCAAAAGGUCAAGUCUGCCUAACUCCCGGUCUGUGGGCCCCAGCAGUCCCGAUGACCAGUCACUGCUGGCAGCCCAGCCCCUGGGAGGCAACCUCCCCCUUGUGGGCUCAGGUCUCUGGCCAAGACAGUCCCCAGGCGGACAGAGUGCCCUGAGUUGGGACAGCACGGCAAGUGGGUGUUGGCUCCAAGCAGCUGUAAGAGCUGUGGGGACCGGGCACGCAGGUGGACUCCUGGGACCAGGAAGCCACGAGCCUUCCCAGCCCCUCCAGCCCCUGACUCACCUGGCCCUGCCCACCCAGCCAGGCUCUGGGGCUGGAGGCCCUCCCCGCCCUCAGAAUCCCAGACUGAAUGGGGGUACACAGAGACCAGGCUGGACUCUCAAGACCAUACACCCAGCCCCUGUCCAGAGCCUUCCCCGGGACCCCCGCUGCAGUCUGUCCAGGCCCACUGGUAUCCCAGGGCUCGGGUUUGUGUGUCCCCCAAGGGAGAGUAGGCAUGGCCCAGACACCACCUGCACAUACCCCCUCUCCUAAGGGUCAGCGUGAGGACCCUGGUGUGGGGUCCUCGCUAGCCAAGGGCCCUGUAAGCAAGUUACUCAGCCCCUCAGAAGCCCCCUUUCUUCAUAAUGAAAGGCAAUGUCUCCCUCUUUGGUGUCAGGAAGGGUGCUGGGCCAUGGGCCCCAAAGAGCAGGGCCUCAGCCUUGUGUGAGGCAGGUGGACCUUGCAGGGGACGGGGACAGGAGACACAGGGAGCCGCUAGGUGCUGGUCCUUCCUGCAGAUGGGGAGCACAGGGCAGAGAGGGGGUGAGCAUGUAGAACCGGCUUUUCCAGCCGGGGGUGGGGGUGGGACAGGGCCUCCCAGGGCCCUAUGGGGUGACGGCAGGGCCCAGCAGUGGGCAGCAGCCGUGGGAAAAGCAGCACCGGUGGUUCCCGAGGGUGGGGCCAGGUCCUUGUGGAUGGCACCGGUGGUUUGUCUUCGUGCCGUGACUCAGCGUGAGCUGGCAGUCCCGCCCAGGUGUGUGCAUCAGGCCCAGGUCCUGGGAAGGCUCCCACCCCCUCCCACUAAUGCAGCAUCCCUCUCACACCUACAGGCUCCGUCCCCUGGGGGGGCCUGGGUAGGGGGGGAGGAGGGCGAACGCGGUUCUCUGUGGUGGGCAGCCCAGGGCAGCGACCACUCUUUCCCCAGCUGGACCUGGAGUGACCACAGGCUAGACCUGCGGCCAGGGCUCCACCUGCACUCCUGCCCAGGAAGGUCCCUGGGUCUGUGACCGGGAGGCCAGGGCCCACGGCAGACUCCCCGUGCCGGAGAGGUGGCCAGGGGACAGGAGGCACCCCCCCCAGAGAGGCAGGAGGAAGGGUCCUGCCGGCACCAGCCCUGCCCCAGCCCCACCCAGGCCUCCCCGAAGAGGUGGCCCCACCCUCCGGCGCCCCCAGGCCCUGGCUCCUGAUGCUGGAUGCAGUACAGCAAGCUCAUGGUGUCGAAAGGCCCAUGGGAAAAGGGCGUGUGGGGGCAGGGGGCACCGCCCCUGACGUGGGCACACCCUGAGGCUCCAGGGGCUGGUGGCUGCCACCUACCCACCCACCCCUGGGAGCUGUGUCAUUCAGGGCACUGGUCAGGCUCCUCCAGGAGGGGCCUGGGAGUGAUCCCAUGAGCCCAGAUCAUGGACCCCUCCUCCCUGUGGCCCCAGAACGCCCCCUCCCACCCUCAGGCCCUGCUCUAGGCUCAUCCUCCUCUUACAGGCCGCUCUGAUUUGGGGAAGGGCUGUGACUGGCUGUGCAUGUGUCCAUGAGCACCUGUGCCCACCUGCCUGGGAACCAGUGGCCCCUCUCACUCUCCCUUGGGCCCUCCUUACCUCAUCAUGGGGACCCUGGGGUCCUUCACCCUGUCAGUCAGUGGCCAUCAUGAAGCAACC